UCUUACUAGUAUAAUGAUCUUAAGUUUAUGUUCAGCUCCUAUAAUUCUCAAGUUAUGAUUUAAGAUACUAUACUAGAACAAUAGAAAACAAUUCCUUGGGUAGUCGACUCAAAGGCAGGACUUAGAAUAUGGAGCAAUUCAUCCAAUCAGAUUUUUACUAAUCACCAAUCAUUUUCUUGCAUUUUUCCGCCAAUGCUUUUAUUGCGCGGGGCUUUUGAAAGCGCUCAAGGCCAAUCAGAUUGUUUCUAUGGCUAUAUAAAGGGACCUUUUGGUACUAGUUAGUGUACAACUUUUUUGUGAUUAUGGCUAGAACCAAGCAAACUGCUCGCAAGUCCACCGGCGGAAAAGCGCCCCGCAAGCAGCUGGCCACCAAGGCAGCCCGCAAAAGCGCUCCGGCCACCGGCGGCGUGAAGAAGCCCCAUCGCUACCGGCCCGGGACCGUGGCCCUGCGCGAGAUCCGCCGCUACCAGAAGUCCACCGAGCUGCUGAUCCGCAAGUUGCCGUUCCAGCGGCUGGUGCGGGAGAUCGCCCAGGACUUCAAGACCGACCUGCGCUUCCAGAGCUCUGCUGUGAUGGCUCUGCAGGAGGCUUGUGAGGCCUACCUGGUGGGGCUGUUUGAGGACACCAACCUGUGUGCCAUCCAUGCUAAGCGUGUGACCAUCAUGCCCAAGGACAUCCAGCUUGCUCGCCGCAUCCGUGGGGAGAGGGCAUGGUAUUAUUCCAUGAGAUGUCAAAUUACAAAGGCUACCUGCCAUGACACCGAACUGACUUUCCGGGCAGAGGAGCUCAUCAGUUGCCUGUCAGUCAUUUACUUGGAGCUGGUGUACUUGGUGACGGCCUUGGUGCCCUCGGACACAGCGUGCUUGGCCAGCUCUCCAGGCAGCAGCAGGCGCACGGCAGUCUGGAUCUCCCUGGAGAAUCCACGUCUGUACGUCAUGGCUCGUACUAAGCAGACUGCUCGUAAGUCCACCGGCGGUAAGGCUCCCCGUAAGCAGCUGGCUACUAAGGCAGCCCGCAAAAGCGCUCCGGCCACCGGCGGCGUGAAGAAGCCCCAUCGCUACCGGCCGGGUACAGUGGCCCUCCGCGAGAUCCGCCGCUACCAGAAGUCCACCGAGCUGCUGAUCCGCAAGCUGCCGUUCCAGCGGCUGGUGCGGGAGAUCGCCCAGGACUUCAAGACCGACCUGCGCUUCCAGAGCUCUGCUGUGAUGGCUCUGCAGGAGGCUUGUGAGGCCUACCUGGUGGGGCUGUUUGAGGACACCAACCUGUGUGCCAUCCAUGCUAAGCGUGUGACCAUCAUGCCCAAGGACAUCCAGCUUGCUCGCCGCAUACGCGGUGAGAGGGCUUAAAUUAUUUUGAGGACUUUUAAACCCAAAGGCUCUUUUAAGAGCCAC